UCAGUACGAUGCCGGUAACGUUCGCGGUAGGGAUGCCUGCUCUUGUGUAGUUUCCUUUAGAGUCCUACGCUCGUGCACGGAGCCGCCGUCGUCGCUCGUUCGAGUUGUUUCAACGCGCACCCUCGCGUACACGCUUAGGUGUUUUUCAUCUUGCGCGAGAGAACCGCGACGGUAGCGGGACGCUAUCUCUCUCUCCCAAGAACUCGACGACGCAACAUGAAAACGACACGGAGCGUCCACUGAGUUACGGUGACCAAGUCACUCUGUCAUCUGUUUCCAAGAAGAGAGAGCGAGAAAGAGAGGACUUUCUGCUCUGUGUGUGCCUGCCUGGGCUGCCUGUCUGCCUACCUAUCUACCUUCCUACCUACCUACCUACCUACCUACCCGCGGGAACGAGCGAGCGAGUGAACGACAAGCAAGUCCGUGUGCAUGUGUACGUGGUAUGGCUCGUCGUCGGUGGUUCCUCGCCGCCUUUAUUACAGCGAAACCCGAAUGCGUGUGCGAGCGCGCGCGUACCCCUCUCGCCUGACCGGCCUAUCCGCUGCCUCGAUAAAGCUGCAUUCACAAGUGCGAUCGAUCUUCGUGCAAAGACCGUCAUCCGGCUGUUGCUCGCCGAGGAGACGCAUCACCGCGGUUAAUGAGAACCAACGCCGAUCAACGAUUGUCCAAUCAGCUUUCAGCCAGGCUGGACGAGCAUAGUCGAAUGCAGCUGGGCUCAGCAUGCCCUCUAAGAAGCAAUACAACCUCGUACAUAAUGACGAGUACGACACGCGAAUACCGCUGCACAGCGAGGAGGCGUUUCACCGUGGAAUCGUGUUCCACGCCAAGUUUAUUGGUUCGAUGGAGGUUCCUCGACCGACUAGCCGAGUGGAGAUCGUGGCGGCGAUGCGAAAAAUCCGCUACGAGUUUAAGGCCAAAGGGGCCAAAAAGAAGAAAGUGACGUUGGAGGUCUCUGUGGAUGGACUAAAAGUGACUUUACGGAAAAAGAAGAAGAGACAGCAGCAAUGGAUGGACGAGAAUAAAAUAUACCUGAUGCAUCAUCCGAUUUACAGGAUAUUCUAUGUCUCGCACGAUAGCCACGACUUGAAAAUAUUUAGUUACAUCGCUCGCGACGGGAGCAGCAAUACCUUUAAGUGUAACGUCUUCAAAUCUAGCAAAAAGAGUCAAGCGAUGAGGGUGGUCAGAACAGUUGGGCAAGCUUUUGAAGUGUGCCAUAAAUUAAGCAUAAACAACACUACGGAGGAUCGCGAUCGAGGAGACAAAGACGGGGAGAAUCACGGUGAAAAUUACGGUGAUGUUUACGAGGACCAAGACGAAAUUCCUAAUGAGCAAUCUCAGCCUUCUCCGUCACCGGUACAUAAAGACAUAUCACUGUUAGGAGAUACUGAGGACUCGGUUCCCGAACAAACGUCUGUUACCUGUCUACUUCGAUCACACGAUGGACCGGCCACAACCACCUCUACCUCACCAAUUAGACAGUCGCCAUCGGGCACGGUGACCUCCGAAUGCGGAGGUUUAUUGGUGGGAGGCGAAUUAACAGCCUUGAAACAUGAAAUACAACUCCUACGUGAACGUUUGGAGCAACAGAGUCAACAAACCAGAGCCGCCGUUGCCCAUGCACGACUUCUUCAGGAUCAGUUAGCGGCGGAAACGGCAGCGCGCGUCGAAGCUCAGGCGAGGACACACCAACUUCUAGUGCAAAAUAAGGAAUUGCUAGAGCACAUAAGCGCGUUGGUGAACCACCUGAGAGAACAGGAGCGUGUUUCCGGUGGUCAUGUCACUUCACAAUCGCAAAUACCGACAUCCACGUCCAUGCAACAAAACGCAGCGGCUUCCGACUUAUCGAGCCUCGGCCAGUGCCAACGGACUGGAGGCCAGAGCUCACCGUGGGAACUGGAUCCACCAACUUUUCCAUAUUGCUCGUAUCCUGCAGAAUCUCUUUAUUCCGGGAGUCUCGGCGCCAUGGGAAUCCAGAGCAAUAAUGCAUCCGCGGAUCAACUGCAGUUCCAAACGCAACUGCUGGAAAGACUACACAACAUAAGUCCAUUCCAGCCCCAGAGAUCACCCUACAAUACGCCAUCGCCGUACGCGAUGGGUCCUAGUUUGCUUCUACCUCCUAGUGGACCAUCGAAUUCAGCACAGCUGUCUCCUAGUUCCGCGUCUCUACGAGUCUCUCAAACGAACAGCUUCACUUCAUCGCCAGUCAUGACUCAUAAGCUCGACAACUUGCUCGGAACAGAUGGCAUGGACGCGCAGCAUCCCGCUUUUAUAAAGCCCUUGCCGUGCACCAACGAUAGAAACGUAGCUUAUGCGUUAGCCGAUAUUAAAGUUAAGCAAGAACGUUCAAAUUUUCAAGACGAUAUACCUCCGAUAGUCCUGGAUCCUCCGCCGUUAAACAAACGUUCAGAUAAUAAUAUAUCCAAGAAAGCAAGCACGAAACAAAACUCAAUAGCUCAAGGCACACAGCAGGACAACAAGAAUACCGCACAGAAUCCGAAGAAUCUGGCGACUAUCCUGCGAACUUCAGGUCCACCACCUUCUCGUACGACGAGCGCUCGAUUGCCUUCGCGCAGCGAUCUGAUGAGCGAAGUGCAACGAACGACCUGGGCACGUCACACCACCAAAUGAGUGAACACUUAACACGAGCUUGCGAGUCCGCGUAAUUUCUGUUAAAUAAAAAUUGAUAAUUUUA